CCGUUUUAAUAUCGCUGCUUUGCUUUCUAACCAGAAAAAUGGGGUUAUGGUACGAAGCUUGGAUUAAAAACUGCAGUUGUGCAAAUCCACCAAAUCAGGAAGAUAACCAGAAAUCAUGGAAGUUGACGUUUUGCAGGAAAUUUGUUUCUGAAUUCAUUGGAAUGUUUGCUUUUGUUUUCAUAGCAAGUGGAACAGUAGCCUCUGCAACAUUUUACAAUUUUAAGGAUGGCAGCAGUAAAAAUACUACCUAUGAUUCAAGUGACAUCUUGUACAUCAACCUUGGAAUUUCUUUUGGCUACAGCAUUGCCUUGUACAUUUGUAUUGAAAAUGUCGGCUAUUUGAAUGUGGCGCUGACUCUAGUGUUCUGGGUCUUGGGCAAAAUGAAGGCAAAGGAUAUUAUUCCAUAUGUGUUAGCACAAUUUGUAGGAGCAUUUUUGGCUGCAUCUUGUAUUUAUGGUCUAUAUAAAGCUGAAAUUAAACACUAUAUAGAUCAACCAACAACAAGCCUUAUAUUUAGUUCAUCUGUAAAUGGUGACCAUUUUUGGAAAGCUCUCAUAGACCAGGCUCUGAAAACAGGAAUAUUCACCAUCGGUGUCAUGGCAAUCAUUGAUGAACAGAAGAAUAAACAGCAAGAUGACUCACUCAGCACUGAGCAUAACGAACCACUCAAGACCAUCAAACCAUCCAAACGUUUUGAGCCCCUUAUGAUUGGGUUGAUUUUAUUUUUGGUUGGAAUCGCAUUCAGUUAUUAUGCACGUUUCUAUUUCAACCCACUCCAAGAUCUUAGUGGUUUAAUAGUCGUUGCAUGGGCAGAAUUAAGUAAGACAAAGUGGUGGGUGUUUGCUCAAAUAUUUGGUCCGAUAGCUGGUGCUUUUAUUGCUGCGAUCAUCUACAUCUUGUUGAUCGAAAACAAUCAUCCAAAACGUGGCAUAGCUGCUAGAGAAAGUGAUGCAGGUGAGGAACAUUAUCUUGCAGCACCGCACAGGAGUUCAAGUGAGCAUGAGUCGUAAGAGACAAAGUAAUUAAACUAUAUUGUUUUCAGAGCCUGUAGUAGUCUAUAGUCCAAUCAUACAGACCAUUUCUUUCAUAAAUUAGUAUUUUACAUGUGUUCAAUAAUCAUAAUUGUACACAAAUACAAAAAUAGAGCAAAAUAGUAGAGGAAUGUGAGAAACCAUAAAGUGUUUGGCAUACCAUUUUAUAGUUAUAGAUUAUUAAUUAAUUCAGCUGUAACUGUUUAUUAUCGUCUUGAUGUGACUUUAACUAGCUGUAUUUUUACCACCCUCUCAGAACGGCAGUCAAUAUUAAAUAUUUUGGAAUUUCCAGUUUAUUUAGAGAAUGAAAUUUUACUAUCAUUUUAUAAGGGUAAACAUAUACGAAUUGUAAACAAUGAUACUACUGUAGAUAGGGACAAUAGCAAAGAAUGAAGAAACUAUCUUUGAUUUGAAAUCUUAUUUUGUGUUUAUUUUGUAAAUUAUCAACAUUAAUCACUGGGAGAGCCUACUCUUUUUGUGAGCUUAUAUUAAGCUUUCUUUGACCUAAUUUUAUUGAAUUAUUUAUUGCUUAUAGUCCUGUGUGCAUGUAGUUUGAUUGUUAUAUAUAAUAAGUAAAAGGAAUAAAGAACAGAAAAGGUAGGCUAGAGAAAGAUUAUCCUAAGAAAGGUGAGAAUGUUUAAGGGAUUAGGAGAAAAAGACUAGGGAAUGAGGAAACUGAAGGUAAUGAAAGAAACUGUUAAGAGGAAAGGGGAGAAUGCUUGGAAAAUAUUGUGAAGAAGGAUAUAGAGGAAGGGAUCUCUUACAUUUGUUUAUCUUUUCGACGUCAUCAACUGUUGACAGUGCAAUGCUUCUGCAGCUUUCAUUGGUGAUCCGCUUAACGAGCGGAUCACCUCUUGUUAUUGUCAGAGAUCUUUUUAUUCUUUCUUUCUGGCGAUUCUGAAUGGACAUGCCAUAUAUAAUUGCUCAUUGAUCAGGAACUGUUAGAGCGCCCAUCACCAAAUUUAAAAGGGAAGGUUCUUUACAUCAUAAUGUAGCUUUAGCAUGAUUUGAAGAAAAUAAAGAUUUAUAUAUAUAUAUUUUUUUUAUUCAAAUGUGAACUUUCUAAGCAUUUAUUUAGAAAGUUAUAGAGCUACUCAUAGCUUUAAAAUGACACCAAAAUUAAGUCAAUAGGUACUAUUGAGUUGAUAUGAUCAGUCGCAGGGUAUCGCUAAUUAGCUGAAACUUCGUUAGCAUGUAUCUCGCUAAUUAUGAGGCUAGAUAAAAUGUUUUUCAUUUCUGAUUUUUUCUCAUGGGUCCCAACCACAUACUAAAAUUUGAACAAAAUCCAAGGGAUUGACCAUUUUUUUUUUGGUUGACUUGAAAUGGAAUUUCCUUAUUUUCAUUAAUACAAGUAUUACAAAAGUUUGCUGGAGCGUUUCUGUAAGUACCUGUCUAAUUUCAAGAGUUUCACUUCGGAAGUUAUUUGCAUAAUAGCUGCAGAAUUCUCUAGUGCGAAUCAAGUUUACUAGCAUUGCUUGUGCUUGCUAACACAUCUACAGUAUUACUGCUUCCCUACAUUGAAUGCGGAUUCUGUAAUUAGUGUUUAAACUGUUGGAUGUUUGAAUAAUAAAAUACAAAAAUAAAUGAAAUACAAGAAACCUAGAUUAGGCCACUGUAGUGCAUAUAUUCUUUGCUCCAUUUAACUAACUUAAGCAAGGUUUACACUACUAUCACACUUUAAACUCAAGUGCUAGAAAUUUGACACAAUGCAAGUAGCAGCUGUUCAACUAUUUUCUCUUUUCCCUUCUUUUGAAAAAGUUCUGCUGUGUUGGGGUGUAUAUGUCAAUUGUUGCAAUGUUUGAUUUUUAUGACAAUGGACCUUUUCGCUUAGAUAUUGUUGCUAAGGUUCCAAAAAGCAAUAGGGUAAAUGUACGUAAACAUGCGUUUGUUUUACAAAACAUUUGUUUGUAGGACGUACGUAUUCAUAGCCUUACUCUGAUUGGUCAGUUGUUGGGUUUGAUUGACACUCCAGAGAGGCCCCUUGUAUCAUUGUAGACAUUUAUGACAAUCAUAGAGGCAUUUAUGACAAUUACCUUUACGCAUUUAAUCUUGAUUAAUUUACUCUAAAAUUCGAACCUGCUGACUAGCAUAGACCUAGCAUUCUUCGUUCUUGUGUCAGAUAUAUCUAAAGUGUUCUAGUAGUGUAAACCAAUCUUUCUUUCAAAGCCCAAAA